AUUAAAUACUUGACGUUACAGUUCAGAGUUCAGACUUAGAUGCUACCUAUAUCUCAACCGACCGGUUUAACCACAAGAGCUAGCUACUUGGGAGUUGUAACGCAGCGAUCACCACAUCUACCAAAACUUUCCCACACCGACAUGUCGAGAUCCUUAGCUCUCGUUUACUUAUCCGUACUUUUCCUUCAGACCCAUCUCUCGAUCGCCGUCGAGGCUACAGUUUCGUCGGUCACUAAAGAAGUCGACGCAAUGCUCGACCGGAACGGCGUAAUCGGGGAAGAAGGAGAGGAGAUGAUGCCAUCGGAGAUAAGCCGGAGAGUAAUGAUGAUGCGGAAACAGUACAUAAGCUACGGAACGCUAAAGAGAGACAUGGUUCCUUGUCAGAAACCUGGUGCUUCCUACUACGCUUGUCGCUCAGGACAAGCCAAUUCUUACAGCCGAGGAUGCAACGUCAUUACAAGGUGUGCUAGAGACACUAGCGACACCAAGACCUGAAAACAUUUUUUUCCGCUUACCUUUAAAAUGCGGUUCUUGAUUAUGAGUUUGAUAUGGUCUCUCUAAGGAUGAGCAAGGCAAGUUCAACAGUAUCUCUUUUGUAAUGUUGUUGUUUACAACAGAAGGAUUAUAUAGUUUUUAUGUAAUCAAUGGUGAAAUAACUGACUAGAAUUGUUAAGUGGAUUGAUAGAUGGAAGAUCGAUAAAGUUGAAGUU